CCUUCCAUCAAUGUUGAACUGUACUCAGGCGGCUUGUGUGGGUGACUGGCACUGCUGCCCAGUGCUAUUUCUCCUCACUCACUCUAGUCUUGUGUAAUCUGUCAAACUCGUGACCAAGAUCGCACAGUGUGUAUAUACGCAUAUACAUAGUAGUAUCAUUAUAUUAUGCAUCAUUGCAUUUCACUUACCUACCUGCCUACCUACCUACCUAGCACUUAAUGCUUUGCUGCAUAGUCUUCUUUGCAUUUCGUCUCGCCAACAGCUCAGCUCUUUCUUGGCAACCUAAACCACUGCAACACCAAAGAAAAUGGAAAUAGACAACGAGACGCGUCUCGCCAAUGACGUUGAUUUGCUUCAUGCAUCUCAUCUGAGGGAGACUCUACAGGAGCUUCAGGCUAAGGUUAAGGAGCAUGAGGCAAUACUGAAUCGGCUACGCUCUGCCCCAGCGAAGCAUCGCGCAAGCCAAUCUCAACCGCCCACGGCACCUUGGGAGAUUAUGAAGGCAGCAUAUGAUGAGCUAGCAUCGCAAACCCCAUUCUUGCCAUUUCCCGAGUCUGUGUUGCCAGCUCUCCUGGCCCUUCGCAAAACUCAUCAAACUGUGGAAGACACGAAAGCUUAUUUGGCAUCUCAUAAAGACUCAGUUGAAAAAACCAGGCGACGAUUAGAAGUUGAGAAAUCCAAUCUUGAAGAUCAGAAAGCUCUUUCACAAAGCCUACAAAAUCGCAUACAAUCCUUACAGGAUAACCUGGAGAGCCGAAUGGAGAUGGGCCCGGAGGAUAUUGCAGCGGAGCGAAUUGGUGAACUAAAGCAGAAAAAGAAGCAUUACGAUAGAGAGACGUCUACGCUUCUCAAAGCACUCAGAAGAUUCAUUGAUGAGCACCUAGCAAGCAUGCUCGCCGCUGAAGAGCUAGGAGGUCCCGUGGUUGGCGAUAUGAUGGACAUCGAUGGAGACGACCUUGCAGCAGGGUUCAGUUCUCAGGGCAAACUGAAGAAAGCCAAGGAAAACCCGGACCAGGACAGACGGCAGCGACGCAUUGAUGAGAUAUGGGGCGUACGACAGGAAGACCAACCAGCAGGGAGAGCGAACAAUAAUAGUCGGGAUGAAGUAGCGGUUGCUGGCGCAGAGAUGCGUGAUCUAACAGAGGAACUACUCAACGCGCUUGCGCAAUCCGAAGGCGACAGCACAGCUUCUUACGUUCAGCUUCCCAGAGAAUCGGCAGCUGCGAGGUUCCUGGUUAGAUCUAAGGUCGCACAAUUCCACCCAAGGGACUCAACGAGGCUGAGACUUAUCGACUUUGGCAAGGAGUUGGAUGAGUGAUACAUAUGAGAUGCUUCAAUGUUGUCCAUGACAUAGUUGCCUCUACCUUCGCUGCUAGUACUACGAUAUCCGUAACGGGAUACUUGUGUUUGCAAUGUACAUAGGCAAAGGGCAAACU